UCCAAAUCUUUUGUUUAUAUACAUUUUUUAUAGGUUAAUUAUUCUUGUUGUUUGGUGAUGUUCUUUAUAUUUCACGUUAUACUUUAUUUCUACCAUUAGUUAAACAGAAUUUGUACGAUGAAACCCAAAAUCAGUACUGGCUAUUUUACUCCGCAAGCCAAGGGACAGAAAAAUAGGCGGAUAAAUCGAUCGUCCGAUGGGGAAGGUGAAGGGUUUAAUGAAAAUCUUUUCCGAGAAUUUAUGCGAUGCCCUCGCAAUAAAAACGCUGUUUUGCAACUUUUAUCCGCUAAUAAAGAAGCCAUUAAACAGUACUCAGAGAAAAAUGUAGAACGGUCAGUUGCUAGUCCUGCGGACAGGCUUAAGGUUACAAAGAAGCUGUGUGAAAGCCCUAUAGCUUUAAUGCGAAGACGAGCUUUGGAACAGAUGUAUGGAAGUCCCAGUUCGUCAACCAGGUCAGGUAAUUCCAAAACUCCUUCGGAACAAUCUGCGAGUGGCAGUAACAAAUCUAGUUUAAUACCGUUUGAAAAAGUCCUCGAUGGAGUAGUUGCAUAUGCAGAAGUCAGAGGACGAUUCGAUGAAGACAGAUCAGCGGGUGUUAAAUCAGUGUUAAAAUCUAUGGGUGCUGAAGUGCGCGAAAAAUUUACCAGAGAUGUUACUCAUGUCGUUUUUAAGGAUGCUUCUUAUACAACUUUUAAAAGAGCGAAAGAAAAGAAAACCCAUUUGGUCUCAAUUCUCUGGGUUGAAUCUUGUCGGACAACUAAGCGAAGACAAGACGAAAAAAACUUCCCCGCAAUGAAUGGUGGAUACGGUAAUGAAUCUAUGAUUUGUUCACAAAUGCAAAAAGAGUACGAGGGCAUUAUUCAUGACGAGUACAAGCAAAACGUGAUGCAGGGUGCAACACCAACGUCCAAGUCUUUUGUAAACCGCAGAAGAACUUUAAUGACUCUGUUUGUUUCUCAUGAAACAUCAAAUCCUCAAUCUGCUACAAUUAAUGAGAUUAAGGGUAAUCAAAUACCUAGUGCUAAAAGAUCGAUACUAGUUGAAGAUGACCCAGUGUCCAAUACUUCCAAGGAACAUUUAAAUUGGUCUGAUAUGGAAUUAACACACAUUCCAAAUCAACCGAUUAACGACCAAAACGACAUUCCUAGACAAAGUCAAUUCGCUAUUAAAUUUGACAAAAGGAAAACCAUAUCUGGUUCCUUAUUCACUUCUGAUGACUCUUCCUCUAUAAAUCUUAUAUCUAGCGACAAAUCCUCAAGUCGUUUGUGUAAAAAGUUGAUCACUACAGGAUCCCGUUCAGUUAUAGAAUUAGACGAGUCUGUGAUUUAUGGGAGAAAUACAGCGGGAAAACUGAAGAAGUCGCUAGAAACCGACACGGAAAUGUCUGAGUUGAAGCUGUCCAGUGAGUUCAAUUGUCCUAAAACUUCCUCAACUAAAGUUUCAUCGGAUUCAUCUAAAACCAUGUCCAAUUUACUGCUAUCUUCGUCGCCAAAAGAUUGCUCUGGGCAGAAGGCGGGACAAGCAAAACCUGCAGGUAAAAAUUCGAAUUCAGUAAGCUCUGUGAGCUCUGUCAUGUCUUCGUUGAGGCUCGAGUCAGAAAAAGAGAAUUGUGUACCAGAGCAAUCGUCUUUAGAAUCCGCAUCCAAGUUGAGCGAAAAUAAAUUGAUAUCACAUCUGAGUUCUAGUGAAACCAGCAAUCCACAAAAAUCAUCAAGUGAAAAGCAGAAAUCCAAGUAUACAUCUGAUAUGAUUCUGCAAGAGAAUACUUCUUUGGUCAAAUCCUCCACAGCGCCAGCAGAGACCGUCAAGAAGAACAAUAAGAAGCAGUCGCCUUCUGAUUUGGGAGGUGCGAGACGAUUUUCAUUGCGAAAAAGAAAUAACUCUAAUCGCCGGGCAACUGAUGUUUCAUCUUCCGACAGUAGUAAUGACGAUAUUAAAAACCGCGUAGUUAAAGGCAUAAUAGCAGAUUUGGAAUCACAAGACAAACUAACAUCAGAUUUAACAGCAGCCCAUUCGUCUUUGACUGAGGACUCGGAAAUUAUUCCUCCAUCGCACAGUCAACGCCCCACAGUAAAUACCUCUAAACGAAGUUCACGUGAAGCAGGAACCAAAAAUACGGACAAAGUUGCGAAAAAUAAAUCAGUUAAAAAUGUGACUGCAAAGAAAAGAGCAGAGUUGAGUUCUAAAGCCAGCUCUGUUGAGAGUUUAAAUGAUUCAUCGGAUGGAUCGAGAAAAAUGCGAAAACUUUACAACCCGGAUAAUUACGUAAUGCAAUUAGAUGAGUCUGUUGACGAUGAAGCGGAGAGGCAGGAAAAACGCGACUUAGUAAAGAAAACAAAGCAUGUUGGAAAUACCAUUAACCCUUUUGCCUUACAACUAGAGGAUAAAGUGGACGUAGUAAUAACGUCUGAAAGUGAUGAAAGUCCUCCAAAAAUACGAAAAAUUACAAGAAAAGUUAAAGAUCUUACGUUGAACCAAUCAGCCGACGAACAGAAAGACUUGUUGAACUUCGUGUUGAGUAAAAACGCAAACACGCCUAAAACACAAAAACCAAAUGCAACUUGCAUUGGAACUCCAACACCAAGAAGAUCGAUCAGACUUAUUAAUAGUAAAUCUGCCCAAAAGCCGGUUGAAGUUUCAAUGACACCAAAAAAUAGAAGAAGUACUAUGGAUUUUGUCACUAGUUCUGAGCGAUCAUGCAAGAAAUCCAAAAAGAAAGUUGACAAAACUAAGCUACCCACAAUUGUCUGCACAAAACUUCAUAAAUCCCAAGUUCAGGUUUUCGCCGAGAUCGUCAAGAAGUUAGGGAGAUUUACCAUAGAAAACGAUGUUAGCGAUAAGACGACCCACUUGAUUGCUGGAGAGUCAAAGAGAACCGUCAAUAUGUUGAGGGCAGUUACCCGCGGUUGUUGGGUACUUACAUUUGAUUGGGUGCUGCGAUCUUUGGAAGAAGCAAGGUGGUUAUCAGAAGAAAACUUUGAGGUGACGAAUUUUUCUGGCACGGUUCAGAAAGCUCGUCUUGAGCGUCAAGCAUUUGGUUCAAAAUACACUUUAGAUGUGUUCGAUAAUUGCCCACCGAUUUAUGUGGCUUUAUCAACAGCGCCUCGUUGUUCCGAUUUACAAGAGCUGAUAACUACUUGUAAAGGCAAGGUGGUAACCAUUCCAAGACUGGCGAAAAUCAUCGUAGGAUUGUACCUGGUGCAGGAAGACACUGUUUGCGUAAACGAAACUUGGGUACUGGACAGUAUCAUGUUUUACAAAAAAAUGCCAUUUAUUGAACGAUAUCUACUUAAAAAAAAUAGGGAAAGUCUAGUUGUAUAAUUUAUACGCAAAAUGUGAUCGAUUUUCAUUAUCUAAUCUACGAAGUUUCGUAUGAAAAUCAAAUGUUAAUUUAUUAGGAAAUACUUGUGACAUACGCAGAGCGUUGUUUUGUACAAAUGUGUUGUUUAAUUAAGACUUUUAUUGUAAUUUAUGUUGAUCAUAGAUUUACACUUUUUGUGUAAACAUAUAAAUUCAGUGUAUACGGUCUGACGCGCCUUUGGCAAGGAAAACUAUACAUAAUCCUUCAAGUAUAUUAAAUUUUACCAUUUUACCCGGCUAGAAUAUCACGUACUUACCACUAAAGGGAAGCUAAAUUUACUUCUCUGGCAAGUCGUGUUUGUGUAAAAACAAAUAAUAGAAAUAUUGUGACAAUAUCUAUGAUAAUAAAUGUUUUACCAAUUA